AAUAUGGUUAAAUGGAGACCGACAUAUGCUAUGCAGCAUUUUAAAUAAAUACAUUAACAGCCUCAUAAAGCACUGACUUGAUUAAGUGCAUAUAUGCGUCAGAAUAUUGGCCUAAUGUUUGAUAGGCUAUGAGAGACAUACUUGCUUAUAUGCAGGACUUGAGAGCAUGUGUAGUGGGGGUAUAUGGAGAAACCAGUUAUCAGAGAGAAGGAAAAGUCCCUUCAGAAAGAACAAGCCGACUCAGCACUCUGAACUGACUGAUGUACCGCAGUACAGAGAGAGAGAGAGGGAGAGAGAGGAUGGGGAUGUAAAAACAUCAUGCUUAUGAGUUCAGCUACAGCAGCGACGCAGUGCAGGAGCGCAGCGCGCACACUAACCUACAAACCAGAUGAAGAACAGCGUCGCUCUAGCGAGAUCACUCAAAAUUAGCCCGCACUGCAUUCUGUAUGUUAAAAUUAACCAUUGUGUUUCUCUAAUUCUAUAACUUUUUUAUAGAGAAAACUGGUCAUCAUAAAAACCCGUUACUGGAGUUCCCUCAAAGCGCAACUGAGCAUUUAUUUAUGCGCUCGUGCGUCCGAGCACGCGACCGCUUUCAGUGUCCAGCGCGUGCUGCUAUAAUGCGCCACUCGCACUGAUGACUCGCGCGGGGAUCCUGCAUCAGCAGCAAGCCGCUUCAAUCUUGCAUCUCAGUCUCUCCUUCCUAAUUUGACCGUGUCUACCUCUUCUUCGCAAUUUAUUUUUAAUUGUAUCACAUUUUGACUCUCCUUCCUUCAGUGAGGUAGUACUCUGCACGAGAAUGUCUGCUGCAGAUGAUGCUAACCCAGCGGGUGCUCCUGGAGCCCCAGGUGGCCCUGGAGGAGCCGGUCCUCCUGCUCCCCCUCCAAACACCACCAGCAACCGCAGACUACAGCAGACACAAGCACAAGUGGAGGAGGUGGUGGAUAUCAUGCGUGUGAAUGUAGAUAAGGUUCUGGAGAGAGACCAGAAGCUGUCUGAGCUAGACGACAGGGCAGAUGCUCUGCAGGCCGGGGCUUCACAGUUCGAAAGCUGUGCUGCCAAACUGAAGAACAAAUACUGGUGGAAGAAUUGCAAGAUGAUGAUUAUUAUGGGAGUCAUUGGAGUCAUCUUCAUUGGAAUCAUUUUCUUGUAUUUCUUCUCUUGAGCCCAUCCACCUGCAAUGGACAAGAAAAAGAAUGAAGAAAACACAAUCAUGAGCUCCACCCAUUUCCCAAAUACUUAUUUUUCUUCAAUUUUGAGUUCUCUCCAUUUAGACAUUUUGCACCAUGGUGUGACAGUAGUACGUAGAUAUCUGCUCUGUUUCUCCUGUACCAGAAUGAACACAAGCUCUCUAUCUUUCAGUUUCUGUCUCUCUCUCUCUCUCUUUCCCUCCCUCUCGAAAAUCUUCUGCAUUAUUCAAAUGUUCUGCAGACAUUCAUACAUGAAUGCACAGAGAGCAAGAGAGAGAAAGCAGAAGAAAAACAGAAGCCAGGAAGAAAAAAUGUGGUACAAUACCGUUCAAAAGUUUCGGGUCAGUAAGAUUUUUUCUUUUUUGAAAGAAAUGAAUACUUUUCUUUAGCAAGAAAGCAUAAAAUUGAUCGAAAGUAACAGCAAAAACAAAUAAAUGCUGUUCUUCAACCCAAACAAACACACCACUUCCGUAUUGCUCUGCGCCAAAAAAGAACAAACACGCAAGAGUAGAUGUCUCUUUAUCAUAGCUAAAGCGAAGCAAAAUAAUGCUUUGCGAAAUAAUGACGAACGAAUGACAAGGAAGAACAAAAAACGAACAUACUGUACACAAAAGUAUAUACAAGCAAGGGUUGGUUGUUAGUUUCCAGCAGCACAGCAGCUCCAGACAAACAAUGACACUCAAAGCUGUCCUGUUCCUAUAGCUAGCAUUACAACAACAGCAUAUCUUUGUUCUGUUCUAGCAAAACCAUGUUACUCACAUAUGGAGCAGAAACAACAAAAACUCCACGUCUGUUUUCAGGCCUUCCCUCUUAGGUCUCUCUACAGCUUUUCUUAUAUUAACGCGGGUCCAGCUCUUGCCCGAUCAUAACCCUUCUUUUUCCAGUGAUAUUCCUCUGAACUUUACUCUUUUGUAAUGUCUCUCAGCCAUCUCUCUUUCUACAGUCUUUCUUUAAAUCUCCCUCUCUCUCCUCCCACAUCAUGAGUGGACAUGCCCCUACUGCUGAUUGGCUACAAGUGUGUUGUGCUGCUCGGUUCAAUCCACUUUCAACAGUGUUUCUCAGAAUUUGCUUACUUGCACCUUUAAGAUACUGAUUUUUUUAAAGAAAAAACAACACAGAGACAUUUUUACACUCAGAAAAAAAGGUACAAAAGCUGUCACUCUGGCGGUAAAAUAGUAGUGAUGUUACAUUCGACACGCAGCACAAUCUCCAGUGAAGCCCCAUAUCGGGGCUUGUAUUGGUUUCACAGAGUCACGUGAUCGACAAGAACAAACGAAGCCUAACUUUCUGUCCAAUUAAGUGCACAAUUUGCUUUACGUAUCGGAAUGUUCGAACCCCAGAUGAUCUUAUUUUAUGAGUAAGUUGUCAUUCAUUCAAAUCUAUUCAAUUACAUUUUUAAAUACCCAGUCAUAAAAUUAAUAUGAAGAAUAAAAAAUAUUUCAGGAAGAUAAAAUAUUUUAUGCCAUAUGCAACUAAUAAACAAAGUCGGCAUGCUUCCCCGUUUCAGUUUAUGUAACCCCGUGAACGAACGAACAAGGCAGUCCUGAGUAAAAUGUUUGGAGCACACUCUCGUGUUGUCUGUAAUCUAAUGAGAAAAUUGGUAAAUUAUUUUGAUAACGGCCAUCCAAAACGUGUGCAACUUGGAAAGCUAGCGUUAGCUAACUAUUUGCUAAGUUAUUUUACUGACCUGAAAAUGAGGUCCAGUAUCCCGUUUUACUUUCACAAUCCACUCACGACAGGCUUUUGAGUCACUCGGAAAGCGAUGAAAGGAUAUAUUUUAUCACGGCAUCACAUUCACAACUCUCCUAUGAUUCAAGACUUCCGGGUUUCUUCCCACUAGAGCCUCGUUUUCGAUUUCAAAAUGGCGGCUGCGUGAAAUCAGCGUAUUCAAUUACAUUUUUAAAUACCCAGUCAUAAAAGUAAUAUGAAGAAUAAAAAAUAUUUCAGGAAAAUAAAAUAUUUCAUGCCAUAUGCAACUCUGUUAGUCAUAUAUGUGUAGCCUACAUUAUCCUUUAAUAUUACAUCAUAUCGGUAUUCAUACUGGCAUUUAUUGCCACAUUCUAAUGGGUGAAUGAAUUUAUCAAAGAGAGAAAUUCAAAACACUCACAUGUAUUAGGCUUUUAUUUGCGCACUUAACAUUAAAACUAUGGAGUCAGUGGUGGCUGCUUUAUCCAACAGAGCUUCUUUCAUGGACUUUUGGCUGCUUUAUUUUUACUAACCAUCAGAUGGCGCUGUUUUCGACCCUCUUGAAGCUUUUAAUCUUUUCCCCGGAACAAUGAGCUGGUCCUCACUGCAGAACACGAGAUCCAGGGAUCUAGAUCCAACUCCUCCCACUUUACAUAUCCCUUAACCUACCCGUCUCCGCCCCCUGGAUCUCAUGUGUUCUGCAGUGAGGGGCUACUGGGAACAGUCAGGGGAAAGCCUCAGUGUUUUAUGAGGCUUCAUUUCCCCAUCCCUAUAUGUUAGUACCGUUUGAAAGGGGACCGCCCCAGUGACAGCUUCUGUACCUUUGUACCUGGAGGUGCACAAGUUAAUGAAAACAAACAGUAAAAACAAUGUUAAAACUGUUAAAUGGGAAAAUGAGAACGUGCACAUAGAAAACUAAGGGUGUUAGAAGUACAUUUGUUGUCUUUUGACUUGCAUGGCAGAAUAAUCCCACUGUUAAACUCGUUUACUUGUAAUAUGUUUAAUUAUUACUAUUAACUGCCUGUUAUUUACAAAAUAAGCCUCAUUUUCCUGUAGGCCUACUGUGGAAAAGCCUCACCUGGGAACAAGUUGUGAAUGCUACAAGCCUGCCAAAAUGUACUAAAAUGUACAGAAAUGAACAGAUAAUCAAUGCAAAAAGAGCAUAAACUAUAAUCUAUACUGCCAUGCAAUAUACAGCCGUUGGUUCACAUUCCUUCGUCAGCACAGACUUUAUAUCUCGUUCUGUUGUUGGAGACUGUAGACAUGUCUAUUUUUCUCUUGUAAGAUCAAGUGAGACACUAAAUAUGAUGACAAAUUAUUAUAUGUAUAAAUAUGAAUGAAUGAAAGCAUA